AUGAAAAAAUUUAAAACAGGAUUUAAGGUAUGUUUAUUUAUUAAGAUGAUAGUUUGAAAAAGUCAGGAUACUGAAUGUGGCAGAAAAACCUUCAGUAGCAAGGUCAAUAGCAACAGUGCUUGCUCGUGGUCACUCUGUAGAAGAAACCUAAUCUCCUUAUAAUAAAUUAUUCAAAUUUGAUUUUAAUUUCGGAGAUUAGGAAGCUGAGAUGUGGAUGACAUCUGUUACAGGUCAUUUAAAAAAUUUAAGAUAUCCUAUGAAAUAUAAGAGUUGGGAAUAAUGGGAUCCAUUAACAAUAUUAUAAGAUGCAGAAAUUGAAAAUAUAAUAUCAAAUGAAAAGAGUAUAAUAUGGAAUUAACUAUAGGAUCUUUGGAACAAAAUUUAUCAAUAUUUGCAAAAUAAUGUAAUCAAUUAAUUCUGUGGUUGGAUUGUGAUAGAGAGGGUGAAAAUAUAGCAUUUGAAGUUCUAGAUGUUUGUAAAGAAUCAAAUCCAUAAAUUUAAGUACAUAGAGCUCAUUUUUCAGCAGUUACUUAUGUUGAUAUAAAGAAAGUAUAUUAUAUCAAUUUAUUUUUAUUUUUUAGGCUUUAGACAAUUUAAAAAAGCCAGAUGAAAAUUUAUCAAAUUCUGUAUUAGCUAGAUAAGAAAUUGAUCUAAGAAUAGGAGCAUCAUUUACAAGAUUUUAAACACUAUUAUUAUAGAAGCAAUUCAAUCUAACAUCUAUUGUUAGUUAUGGUCCAUGUUAAAUACCUACAUUAGGAUUUGUUGUAUAAAGAUAAAAAGAAAUUGAUUCAUUUGUUAAAGAGAAGUUUUGGUAUAUUUAAUGUGAAGAUUAAAGUGGAUGUGUAUAUAAUUGGAGUAGAGGAAAUAUCUUUGAUGAAAUGAUAGUAUUGAUACUUUUUGAAAGAUGCUUUACAGAAUAAGCAAAGGUAACUGAUGUUUAAUAAAAAGAAGUUUAAAAAUGGAAACCUUAUCCGUUAUCUACAAUUGAAUUUGAAAAAUUAGCAUCUAAAAAACUUAAAAUAUCUGCUCAUAAAGCUAUGGAAUUAGCUGAAAAAUUAUAUAAUAGAGGUUUUAUUAGUUAUCCAAGAACAGAAACUAACAAAUUUCCACCAACAAUUAAUUUAUAAAAUAUUAUAAAGGAUUAGAUAAAUCAUCCUGUAUGGGGAGAAUUUGCAUAAAAUUUAAUUAAUUAUAAUUUUGAUUAACCUAGAGCAGGAAAUAAAGAUGAUAAAGCUCAUCCUCCAAUACAUCCAGUUAAAAUGAUGUGUGAAUCAGAUGCUUAAUCAUAAUAAGAAUGGGCUGUUUAUUAAUUAAUUACAAGACAUUUUUUAGCAUGUUGCUCUAAAAAUGCAAAAGGAUCUGAAACUACAUUAAAUUUAUAAGUUUAAGAAGAAUCUUUCUAUAAAUAAGGUUUAGUUAUCCUUGAAAAAAACUUUUUAGAAAUUUAUCCUUAUGAUGAAUGGUCAUAAUCAUAGAUUCCAAAAUAUAAUAAAGGAGAUAUGAUAUAAAUUUAAUUAAAAGUUUAAAAUGGAAAGACAUCUCCUCCAUCUCCAUUAACAGAAGCUGAAUUAAUUGGAAUGAUGGAUAAAAAUGGUAUUGGAACAGAUGCAACUAUUCAUGAACAUAUAAAUACUAUUUAAGAGAGAGAAUAUGCAUUAAAAAAAGGUUAAGUUAUUAAACCAACUAAACUUGGAUUAGCAUUAGUAGAAUCUUAUGAAGUACUUGGUUUUACACUUCAUAAACCUCAUUUAAGAGCUCUGAUGGAAUAAAGAAUGAAUGAAGUUGCAUUAGGAAUUAAAUAAAAAUAAGAUAUAGUUUAAACUACUAUUGAAGAAAUGGGUGUUAUACUAAAAGAACUUUAAUAAAAAAAAUAAUUAAUCAUUUAAACAUUUGGACAAUAUUUAGAAGCUUUGAAAGAUUAUGAUGAAAAUAAUAUUGAUGAAAAUACCUAAAAUAGAGAUCUGACAUAAUUAAAUUAACAAUUUUAAUAACCAUAAAAUAAUAAUAAUAGAAAAUAAUAAUAAUAAUAAUAAUAAUAAUAAUAAUAAUAAUAAUAAUAAUAAUAAUAAAGAUUUUAAGAUUUUGAUAGAUCUUAAAAUAAUCUAAAUUCUAAUUUUUAAUCUAAAACAUUCCCAAAUGAAGAGACUUUCUAAUGUAAUUUGUGUAGAAAUUAAAUGAAAAUUAGAUAAUCUAAAAUAAAAAGUACCUAUUUUUUAGGUUGUCUUGGUUAUCCUUAAUGCAAUUAAGCUAUAUUUUUACCUGAUUAUAUAAAAUCAAUAUUGAGAACAGAUAAAAAAUGUAAGAAAUGUAAUUCUUUAUUAUUUUAAACUGAAUUUUCAGAAAACUCAAAAUUAUAACAAAAAUCCCAAACUUUAUGUUUACAUCCUGGAUGUUCUGAAGGUUUGAAAACAGAAUGGAAAAAUAAUAAUAAGGAAUCUCAAUAAACUAAUUUAUUAAAUUCAAAAUCUAAAUAAGGUUUCUUGAUGAAAUAGGUCUUUUGUAAGAAAUGUAAUUAAUCUGGACAUUUCGAAGAUGUAUGUAAUAAUACUAGGACAAUGGUAUCAAUAGAAGAUCCAAAUAAAGAUGAAAAAAAAGAUAAACUCUGUCCCUCAUGUGGAAUUACGGGAAGGCAUCCCAAAGCUUCUAAUUGCCCUAUGAAAAAGGGAAAGAAGAAAAAUUAAUGA